CUCUCUCUCUCUCUCUCUCUCUCUCUCUUUCCCACACGCGUGUGUGUGUUUGUACACAUGCAACAUUCAUUAUUUCCAUCCCCCCCUUAAAAAAGUUCUCAUUGCUACUAUGAUUGAUCAUGUUUAAAUGAGUAGUACCAUUAGAGACCUUAUAACAGAGAGACAGAGAGGAAAACGUGUGAUAUAGUACUGUUUGCGUGUGUGUGUGUGUGUUUUUUUUUUCUUUUUUUUUUUUUUGCAUGCGUGGAGGGAAAACAAAUCAAAUCCAAAAAUGGACAGUUUAUGGAUUUUGGUAAUGACAACAGCAGUUUUUUUGGCCGCCAUAAUUCUCUACAGGAACAACAGCAGGCUAAGAGGACUCAGAUCAUUCCACACAAGUCCAGUAACACUUCCUUUAGGCUCUCUUGGUUUGCCUUUUAUCGGUGAAACCAUUGAGUUUAUCACUUGUGCUUACUCUGACCGCCCUGAGACCUUCAUGAAUAAACGUCGCCGCAUGUAUGGAAAGGUGUUUAAGUCCCACAUAUUUGGGAGUCCAACGAUUGUUUCAACAGAUGCAGAAGUAAGCAAGGUUAUACUGCAGAGUGAUGCAAAGGUUUUUGUGCCUUCUUACCCGAAAUCUCUCACCGAGUUGAUGGGAAAGUCCUCCAUAUUGCUCAUCAAUGGAAGCUUACAAAAGAGAAUCCAUGGACUUGUUGGAGCCUUCUUUAAAUCUCCUCUGCUCAAAGCUCAAAUCACAAGAGACAUGCAAAAGUAUGUCCUAGAAUCAAUGGCAAAUUGGAGCUCUGACCGCCCCAUUUACAUACAGGAUGAGACCAAAAAUAUUGCCUUUCAAGUACUUGUUAAGGCAUUGAUUAACUUGGAUCCUGGUGAAGAAAUGGAGUCCCUAAAGAAACAGUUUCAAGAAUUCAUUGCAGGCCUAAUGUCAUUACCAAUAAACUUCCCUGGAACUAGGCUUUAUCGAUCAUUGCAGGCAAAGAAGAAAAUGGUUAAGCUAGUGAAGAAGAUUAUUCAACAUAGGAAAAACAGUGAAAUCUCCAAGGUUCCAAGUGAUGUAAUAGAUGUUCUGCUUAAUGACUCAAGUGGGCAAUUAACAGAAGAUCUAAUAGCGGAUAACAUGAUUGAUAUGAUGAUUCCAGGAGAGGAUUCAGUUCCUGUUCUUUUGACUCUUGCAGUAAAAUAUCUCUCAGACUGCCCUGCUGCCCUACAACAUUUAAUGGAGGAGAACAUGAAGUUGAAAAGACUCAAGGAACAACUAGGGGAGCCUUUGUGUUGGAGUGAUUACUUUUCUUUACCAUUCACACAAACAGUGAUUACAGAGACAUUAAGGAUGGGAAAUGUUAUUGUUGGGGUGAUGCGAAAGGCCAUGAGGGAUGUUGAGAUAAAAGGGCAUCUAAUACCAAAAGGGUGGUGUGCUUUUGCAUAUUUUAGAUCGGUUCAUCUUGAUGAAAGUAACUAUGACUGGCCGUACGAGUUCAAUCCAUGGAGGUGGCAAGAAAAAGACACAAGCAAUUGUAACUUCACCCCUUUUGGAGGAGGACAGAGGCUAUGCCCCGGGCUUGACUUGGCCAGAUUGGAAGCUUCCAUAUUUCUACACCACUUUGUCACUCAAUUCAGGUGGGUGGCUGAAGAGGACACCAUAGUUAACUUUCCCACUGUAAGAAUGAAGAGCAGGAUGCCCAUUUGGGUGAAACGAACAGGGGACCCGUAAAUAAGGCUUUUGUUUCCGCAGAAGAAAAGUUUUUUUUGUUUUUUUUUUGUUUUUUUUUUUGUUUUUUU